AUGGCGGCGCCCACGAUCCCUGCCUCUCGGAGGAAAGCCAAUCUAAGUACUAUGUCUUUGAAAGAAAAAACACCAAAAGUUACACGUAAAAACAUUCUUUGUCCAGUUUCUCAGGAAUGGCCGAGAGUUACGAAGGAAGUGGAAGGUUCUAUUCUUAUGAAACUGACAGAGAAGUUAACAGGUGGUGUGAACAUUGUCAAGCAUGUUAAAAAGUCUGCAGUGGAUGAUAAGUCUGAGAAAGCCAGAAUCAGGUCACAGUUAGAGGUCGGCACAUCUGGCGUGUUUAGGGCAUUGGAGAGGGAUGAACUGGCAUGUGUGUUAAUCUCCGGUCAAGCAACACCGGCUAUAACAGUUGACCACAUCAUCUCCCUGGCGCAGGACCAAGGCUGCCCCUUGCUCUGUCUGGACCAGCUGGCGCCGACGGUUGCCAAGGCUACACAGUCAAAGUGUCUUCCUCUAGCCCUUGGCUUUAAGAAGAUAGACAACUCUCACUCAGAAUUUGCAGAAGUGAUCUCCCUUGUUCAGUCAAACACGACCACUUGUGCACCCCAGAAAAUAGUGAACUUGUCUGCUGCUCAACCUGUGGCAGGCCAAGGCAGCACUCAAACUCUUUAUCAAGGCCUAAAAUUGAAAGACAACACGGAUAAAGAAAAGCAUGAUUCGAAAAAGAAGAAAAGGAGAAAGAAACAGAAGUUAAAAGAUCUGUUUGAAAGAGCUUUCAUUCAGCAGUUUGAUAUCGGCAAACGCACAGUCGCUGCCUUCUUGGAGCGAGGAAAGUAUGAGGUCGUCCUUGUAUCGGAGCAGGUCACACCGGUGUUGCUGGCGGACACCAAACCUGUCUCGCUGUUGUCGGUGGCUGCUGUGAAGAAGUGUCCAGUGGUUGUGCUGCCGGGACUCGUGGAUGCCUUGAAGGCGCUGUUCGGAGCCACCUUCUCUGUGCUUGCCUUGAAGAAACUGUCUUCCUUUCAAGACGAACAGAAACAUUUCAAGCCAAUCAUUGACAAAUGUUUGCAAGCAGUAACAAAUACAAAUGAGCAACAGUUGCCAGAGCGUCAAGAAUCUACAGGGAGUUUUUCUACAACAAAAUCUGAACCUUCUAGAAAACCUCACGAACUUUGCCCCGAAGAGGAAGUAGUGGCUAUCAGUAUGGAUACUGAAACAGCCGAUUUACAGGCUAGUCAGAACAUAGAAUUUACAAGUGACCAGAAAAGGGUGCCUGGCAAGGAAAGUGCAGUAAUCUCUGCGAACAAUGAAGUCAGUGAUGAAGAUGCGGAAAUAGAAGAUUAUUCAUAUUUAUAUGUUAUGAAGGCGGAAUCCAAAGAACUUGCAGACGCCAAGAAUGAGCUGAAAGCUUUUACUUCAAGUUUGGGAAAUGAUCCGUUUUCUGCAGAUUAUAUUUCUCUUUCAACAACAUCUAGCGAGUCGAGAGUUCAGAGCUCCAGUUCUUCAGGAAAACAGAAGGGACAUUUGUCUAAAAAACAGAAGUUAACGCCAGCUCAAGCCGAUAAAACUGCCAGUUUGGCUUCUAGCAAGCCAAAAACGGUAUCUCUCAAUUCCAGUACAGUUAGCAAGCAGCCAGAUUUGUCUGAGCAACGAAAGGAUAAUUUUAUUCCGUUCACAGAAGCUGGAACGUCAAGCAGUCAAAAUUUAUUCCGUGAGGCGGAAAGUCUGGACAUAGAUACCAGGAUUAAAACUUCAUCAAAGGAAAUGUCAGCUGAGGUGCCUCUUUUUACAAUCUGCAGGUCUGGGAAUUCAGUUCCUCCUGGCAGUGCUGUUGAAUCUACUCAACAUAAACUAAUGGAUGACGUAGAUAAACUAAUUUCUAACAAAGAAGAUGGGACUGUAAACGAUACACCUCAAGAGUUUGAAACACCGUUAUUUUUCUUGUGCAAGUCCAAUAAAACUACUUCCCAAAGCAGUUCUAUUGAGCCUGUUCAACAAAAACAACAGGAUAAAGAAGAUAAGUCAGGGGCUUCUUUAGAAGAUGAGAUUGAGAGAAUGAAAGCUUCAUCUCAACUGCAGACUGAAACACCCUUCUUUAACUUGUCUGGAAAUCCUGUUUCUCCAAGCAGUCCUGUUGAACCUGUUCAACAAAAACAUGAAAAUAAAGCUAAACUAACGACUUCCAGCAAAGAAGAUAAGAUUGUGAAAGUGAAAGAGCUGACUCAGGAUCAGAAUGAAACGCCAUUCUUUUCCCUUUGCAGGUCUGGAAAUCCUGUUUCUCAAGGAACUAAAAAAAGUUCCCAACAAAAAAGACCAAACAACGAUAAUCAGUUGGUUAACAUCAACGAAGAUAAUGCAACUCUGGGUGCUCAUGAGCUGCGUGCAUCAACGGCAGACACUAAAUAUAAAGGGAUCGACUUUCUGUCACUUGUCGAGCCCAGCAAGGAUGCCAGGAAAGCCGUCAAACGCAAGCUGCAGGGUGAACAGAGUUACAUUUCCUUUGCUUACACAGAAUCGAAUAUACAGACAAUGGUUUCCAAUCCCAGCAAGAAGAAGAAGAAAAAGAAGAAGCAGAAAAAAUAG